CUUUAUAAUUUAUUGAUCUGCCCCUCAAUUAUUCCCUUUUUUUGUAUCCCCUAGUAGCACACAACGGAGCAGAGAUGAGGGGAAAGAGCCCAAAUGGCACCUCUGGGAAGUCACCAUUAGGACAAAACAACAGGUGCUUGGCACUGCGCUCCAGUCCCACAGCCGUGCCUGCCCGGUACCCAUACUGUUGGGUGUCAGGCCUGGUUAUCAGCUGGAACAAGGGAAAUUGUGUGUGGCAGGGAGAGGAUUCAGGCCUGGCUACGUCAUGGCGGCACCUGGCAGAGGUGGCUCUGCCAUCAGGGUGGGCCUGUGCCAGCAGGGUUCAUGCCUGGCUGCAGCUGUUGCUGCAGUUGGGGACUGGGGUGUACUGGGAGGGUACAGGGCUGGGGAUGGGCUCCUUAAUACCCAGCUUGGCUGUGGAAGGCACUGAGUACACUUUGGACCCAUCUCUGUGUUUAGUGCGGAUAGAAAUCUGUUGUUCUAUCCAUGUAAAUCCAUCAUUGCAGCCCAUUACUUUAGUCUCAGAGGCUUAGCCAAGGCUGGGAUUUGUCCCGUAUCCAUAUUAAUAUCCUUUCUAAUUACCUCAGUGCUUUCUGUUGUGCUGCCUUGCAUUGCACCCGGGCAGAUAACUGUCCCCUUGCUGCUGGAGGCUGUUCUUGAUCCCAUUUCUAAACAGAAGCACUUCUGCUAGACACUGACUGGGGUAGCUGUGCAGAGGCUGCCUCUUUUUUCCCUUUUGCCUGCUAAUUGGCUGAGACCACCAGAAUUUGGAGGACACAGAUGUCACUGAUAGUUUGCCUAGGGAGCACAUUCAUGCCCAUCUGUUGCAGUCUAGAAGGCUGUUCAUAUAUCCACAAGGCCUUCAUUUAAUUCUUGUCAGAAAGUAAUGUAAAUCCAGUUUACCUCAGAGGUCACAGCCAAGAUUUAUGCCAAUGAGCCCCCUGCAAUUUACACACACUGUAGUUGUAUAGGAUGAAAAGAAAGCCUUUCAUGUUGGUGCAUAUUAACAAGAAAGCUUGCCUUAGGAGAGGCUCUUUGAUUGAGGUUCUUCCUUAUUUUAAUACAGCCAGUGUUGGUUGGUAUAUGCAGCUUUAUCGAAAGAAAACAUCUUAUCUUUAAGCCAGAGAAGUAAAAUAAAUAAAUAAAUCCACUAGCAAACGAAUUUUGCUGUUGUUUGGUCAUCAUCUUGUCUUUCUCAUGUGUCAGAGCCUCCACGUACUGGCAAGCAAGGUAAAUGCUCUAGGAAAGAACAAAUGUGCAUAUAUUGAAGCAGGGAACUAGAUUUUCUUUCUAUAGAGGAUAAUAUUAAGUCAGUUGGUGAAACCUUUGCUGUGAGACUAAAUAAUUUUAAGCAAGUUUUCCUUUUCUGCUUUUUCUUUUUCCUAAAGUCUCCAAAUCUGAUAACAAAGCUGAGCCUGUUAUUUGGGGCAUAGGUAAUCGGAAGGGUUGCAGAAAAUGUCUGCACAAAUCCAUGGGAUGGGGAGCAGCUGGGGGUGCCCUGGAGUUGUGUGCUCACUACUAUGUGUUGAGGGGAAAAUAAAUGUUCAGGCUCUCUCUUAUUGACAGAAAUUGAUAGUUGCUUGGAAAGGCUGGCAUAGAAAAUACCGCAUGAGGAUGGAUCAGGGUGUGCAAAUGGGUUUCAGAGUUGGUACCCCUAUCGGGAUGCUCUUUUCAUGUGUAUUAGUUCUAUGCCAAGGGGUGCUACUGCUAAAGCAAGCUAUUCCCUCCUGGCAGAUGCACAAAUCUCAGCCAGACCGCCUCACUGCAGGUACAGAGCACAUGGGCUUUCUUCUUUGCAGCCUGACCAGUGGGUUUUGCUUUUGGCCCAUGCUUUCAAAUGUUAUAGGCAUGAUGAUCAGGAUCACUGGCACUGUAUCAUAAUGACUGGAGUGUUUUGGGAUUAGGAGGGAGGAGAGCAAGGCAUGGCUGCUAUCUAAAUUAAAACAGGACAGUACUCUAAGUUCCAGUGUAGCACUUAAAAUAAUUAAAAUGUUUAUUUGAAAGUCAAAACAGCCUCAGUCAUAAAUAACUACCCCGUCCUCAAGUGAUUGUGUUGAGUCCCAACAGAGCACUCUGGGUUGAUUUGAUCCCUGUUGGGAUUAAUCCAUAAAUGUAGCCUCUGCGUGGAACUCAUCAGGUCUUUGCUUCCUCUUCAUUAGUCUCCCUGGAAUUGGAGGGUAGCCUGAGUAAGAUGGAAAUUAGGAUAAUAUAUUUUCAGAGGGAAAAGCUCUGAUGAUCUCUAAUUUGUGUUUCAGGACAAUAAUGCCAUGGAAAAUUUCCUAAAUAAUUUUGUCUGAGGAACAAAUGGUUGUUAUGCUUGCUGUAUUGAGUGUUCAAUUACAUCUUCUCUUUACUUGAGCCUCUGAAGUUAAUUGUAAUUUUAAACUGGCCCAACUGACUCCCAGCUCCGUCCUAUGCACAGCAUAAUUUAAAAAAAUUCCUUUCUCUUUUGGUCUUCUAGCCCAAGGGCUCUGAAUUGUCACAGCAUGGCCCAUUUCUUAUUGAAGAGAUCAUUUCUCUGUGGCCCACCCAGACCUUCCCUCCCUCCUCCCCUCCUUCCCUCUUGUUCUGAGUCCUAGCUCCCAUUAGAGGCAACUGCAGCAACAUGCUACCCCUCUCUCUGAGAUCUUUGUACUUUCGGUCAUCAUAUUUGAUGCAAGAAGUUACUGUAACCCAAGCUCUAACCUGAAAUGGUGCAGAUGGUUAUUUCCAUCAUUUCUGCUUUGAAUUGCAUCAAUUGCCCAAAUCUUCACUGUAAUAUAAAAUGGUUUUUAUUACAUGUUUUGAAAGUGGCAGCCAAAGUAGUGUAGGUGUGUCUAGGUGCUCUGUAGUAGUAAGUGGUGUGUCUUUAGAAAGCAUUUUUCUCUAGACAGCUGUGCAGUCAUUUUUGGACCUACUUUUAGCUUUCAGCACAACCUCCCCUCAAAGUGCUGCUUGUUGAGAUAUAUCGGCAGUGACAGGAAGCCAACUAGUGACUGUCACAGCGCUCACCAGAACUCUGUGCUGGUUCUGCAGCUCAGCUCUGCUCUCAGGUCUUGCAUUUGCCAUGCACUGCCCGCAAGGUUUUAAUCUCCCAGCUGCCGCACAGUGCUGCAGCUGUUACUAAACACAGCUUACAGCGUGCAUCUGUGUAAAGGAUGCUGCUGCAGUUUAAAGCUCUCUGGUGCAUUUUCAUCUGAUUUUAUGAUGCGAGUCAUUGUCCCCAGUGACGGCUCUCAAAAGGCUGUCUUGCUUCUGAGAGCUACCGUGCAGUUUAUUGCACUGGUCUGUGUGGUUCCACCACAUUGUUAUUCCCGCUGCUGUAAAUCGCUAUUUAUUACACUAAGUGCCCUUGCUGUUUAUUUAGUUCUUUGGAAAAACGUACUUGAAGAAAAACUUCUCUCUUGCCGCCUUGUCUAUAUCCCUGUUAUGGAUCCAGCAGUUUCCCGGUGAGUUAAAUCCCUGCAAUCCCAGCAAGCCACGUGCUGCACUUCUACACUAAUUUAAGCUUCCCCACUAAGCCCCCUCUGCUCUUUGUGCAGCUCGCGCGCCAUGCGGCUCACAAAGCCACAGGACUCAGCCUCACAGCACAGCCCCACACGCUCGCCCAGGUUGCAGCCCUCCAUGGGCUGCCUGUAAGACUGUAAGGCUGGAGCGGGGCUGUUGCUGCAACACAGACAUGUUGGAGGGUGUCUGUAAGCUUGGAUGCUCUUAGUACUGUGUUGUUUUCUUGUGAAGUGUCUCAGCUUCAGCACGUUGUCGUAGACCAUGUGGUUAUGGACAUAUUCCUGCUAGGGCUGCGACGUGCUCCUGCACACCGUUAGCAGCCUCCUGCCUGCCUGACUGUGGGUCUGAGCUGCAUCCACACCACAGCUUCUGGAGAGGGCUUCCCGGGGGACAAGACUUGGGAGAAAUCAAUUACACAAAGGAGUGGAGCCAGGGCCAGAUGGCAGGAACGCUCCAUCCCAACCUGGGAGGUACUCGUGGGACAGCCGUGACCACGCAGGGCUGUGUAAUCAGAUGAAUCAAUUAGCAGAUGUCGGCAUGGUGAGCAGAGUGAGCAACGCUAGCAUAGGUGUGUGACAGCGAUCAUGGCAGAGGGGGACGCUUUGCUUUUCCCUAAUGGAUAUCCAGCAACAAGUCCAGCUUUUCUAGACCCAGAAUGGUGGGAGGAGAGGGCUUGGCUUGCCCCACACACAUGCCUGGCUGUUGUCACCAAGCUCAGACAUCCUUACAUCACAGGGCUGCCGCUCUGCCAGAGCACCAUGCUGCAGCUGUCUCCAACCAUGCCUCUGGCUGCUCCUUGCUCUGUGUCUAUGCCUGCCAGCUAGGAUGGGAGAGAAGCCCUAGGAGGGGCCCAUGGCCAUACAUGCUGCCACCACAGCUCUCAGCUAACCUUGCCCUGUGCUUGUGCGCUGCCUCCAUGCCCACAGGUGGCUUGUUUUCAGAAAAUGCCUCUCUCAGGAGGGCAAUACAGAACAGUUGGAGAAAAAGCAAGGCGUAACUUGGGGAGAGCAAAGAAGGGAAGGGCUGACAGCAGAAAUCCCGCCUCAGUGUUUUGUUGAGGGAUGGGAACUGAAACCUUUAAUCUGUUUUAAGUACCCUCACCUGAAUGCUAUAUCUUAUUAGAUUGCUUUUCCUGAUGGGUUAUUUUUCAAUCGCUUUCUUGGCCAGCUGAGAGUCAGAAAUGCAGUGAUGGAACCUGUGCCGCUCCGCAGAGCACUUUCCCAUUGCUUGACCCGUUGUUCACAUGGCAGACACUCCACAAACACUGACACACAUGUGGCUCCCCAUGCGCUGUGGCUGGCAUGAAAGCCCUGCAGAAAUGGGAUGCAGCUGAUAUGCUCUGGCAGUGCCCCAGCAUGGCUGGGUUUGGACGUGGGUCUUUGCACCUCAUGCUUGCUUCCCCACAGUCUAGCUGCUCUUGGCACUGCAUCCUGCCCCAACCUCCUCUCUGUGUCCCCAUUUAAUUUCUUCUCUUGCUGGCAACCAUCUGCAGUGCUAGUACAGUCCCACUGCCUGUCCCCUGCCUUGGGCUCCAUGCUGAUGAACACCAGGCCUGCCUCGCUCUGCAUGAGCUCGUUGCUUCUGCCCUCUGAUCCCCAGGCCGCCUGGUGCUGCCAGUUGGGAUCCAGCCACCCUAAGCUGCAGCAGAGGAGAAUUCAGCUGCUGAGAUGCAGAGCCAGCUGUGCCUGGCUACAUGCAGUUCUGCGUUCCCCUUCCUGAAGCCUACAACUUCACCAACUUCAGAAAUAUUUUCAGAGGCUGUUUCCAACCACAUCACUUUGAAUUAUGGGAGGAGUUCAUUAAGCAAGAGAACAGUCAGAUUUGUUUUGUUGCAUGGGAAAGAAUGAAAGACAUAUUUCCACACAUUUCAUUUAAGAUGGCUGAGACAAAGCUUUCUCUUCUGCUCCACCAUUGGCAAUGCUGUAAGCACCCAUUGGGCAGGCUUCCGCUCCUAGGGCUCCCCCAGCACUUACUGGUGCUGCUGGAAGGGGCUUCAGCCAUCUCCCUGCUCUGUUCAGCAGGUCCCUCCACCUGGAAAGAGCCCUCUCUGCUGGAGCAGCUAAGAGGGAGCAGUGGCCAUGAACGCCCACGGUGCGGUGGCCACACUGCUGCAGGACUGCGAGCGCUCGUUGGCCACACUGCUGUCAGCCAAGGCAGACAUCCAUGAGGAAGAGGAGCAGGAAUACCAGCGGCACCAAGCAUUGCUUCCUGAUGACUUGAGGACCCUUCUGGAGGAAGCGAAGGAAAUGAAGUGGCCCUUUGUGCCAGAGAAAUGGCAAUACAAGCAAGACCUGGGCCCAGAGGACAAAACCAACCUACAGGAUACAAUUGGCGCAAGGCUCCCUGAUCUAUUGGUUUAUUUGAAAGCUUCCAUCAUGGUCAAGGAUUGUGUGACGGCAGCUGCUAUUGUGUUCUUGAUUGAUCGGUUCCUGUACUGGAUUGAUGCCUCAAGCAAACUCCUGAAGAUCGCCAAGGGCUUGCACAAGCUGCAGCCCACCACGCCAAUUGGUCCUCAGGUGGUCAUCCGCCAGGCUCGCCUUGCCGUCAAUGCAGGUAAACUUUUAAAAGCUGAAUACAUCCUCAGCAGCCUUAUUAAUGACAAUGGAGCAACAGGUACCUGGCAAUAUGCUAAGGAAAGUGAUAGGAUCCUUGUUCAGUCAGUCUGCUUACAAAUCAGAGGACAGAUUCUGCAAAAGCUGGGGAUGUGGUAUGAGGCAGCAGAGUUAAUUUGGGCUUCAGUUGUGGGGUAUUUCAAACUUCCUCAACCAGAUAAAAAGGGAAUUGCAACUUCCUUGGGUAUUCUGGCAGAUAUAUUUUCUUCCAUGAAUGAGAAGGAUUAUGUCCGUUUUAAAACCAAUGCAGCAAUUAACCUGACCCUUCUCCGGGAGUCCAGCCAUCGCUUGCUAUCAGCUGCUGAAGCCUGCAAAUUAGCAGCAGUAUAUAGCCAGUAUACCCCGCUGUUUGUGCUCACAGCUGUGAACAUCCGUGGAGUGUGUUUGCUGUCCUAUAGUCACUCCAAGGACUGUCCCCCAGAAAGCAGGAAGUUCUACUUGUCUGAAGCCAAAGAAUCCUUUGAGAUCGGCCUCCUCACCAAGAAUGAUAACAGUCAUGUCACCAGCAAGCAGGAGCUCCACAGUUUUAUUAAAGCUGCUUUCUGCCUCACAACUGUGCAUAGAUGGCUCUAUGGGGAGAGUGAGAAACUCCGAGAGGUUGAUCAACUUUGUAGAGAAGCCAUAGCAAAACUGCAUACCUACAGCACUUCAUUUACAGAAGAGGAAGAGAAAGGAGUGCUUGCAGAAGAGAUCAUGUCUCUGAUCACAUCUGUUAAGAAGCUCCUACAAGUGGAAACCUUCCCUAAUUCUGAUGCCAGGUCUUAUGUGCCAGACAGCUAUAAAGGGGCAGUGAAAAAACCUGUCCUGCAUGGGGAAGCAAACUUUGAGAAAAUCCUUGCCCUGAAUUCUCAGCACCAUCUCUCAGUGUGUGAAGUGUUUAAAAAUCCUUGCAGAAUUAAGGAAAACACACUGGGAGAAACGCAUGUGGGAGCCUGUAUCACAACUUUAAAAACAGAAACCAAAAAUACAGACACAAUGUGUACCACUGAUGACACAGUAUACCAGAGGAAGGGUGGUGGAAAAAUGUUUAGUACACCAAAAGUGGAAAGUAGCUCAGAGAAGCUCAGUGGCCAAGCAAGAAACAAACAGAGCAGUUCUGAUGUGAGAAAUAUUUCCAUUGAAAAAGGGACUGAAUCAUUAAAAGGAGUAAUAAUUGAUGAAAACAGUGUUUUCAACAGAUGGCAAAACAGAAGUCAAACCCCUUCUUCAGAGAAUGCUUGGUGCAAGCUGUCACUAUCAAGUUACUCUUCCAGCUGGGAGGAACUAAACUGUAAUAGCAACAAGGAGUCACCCAGUGGAGGACAGCAACAAGAAAAGUGCUCAGUGGAGGUGCAAUGCUGCACAACAGAAACAGAUGAAAAUGGUCAAGCUGCUUACAUGCACUCAUUGUUGCCCAAAGCUCAGUAUACUUCUCCUAGAGAGCUUCCAUAUAGUUGUUUGAGGUCACCUCAGCCUUUCUUGGGGGUAGACACACCCCUAACUCGAAGGCUUGGGGGGAAGGCUUCUCCUGAGGGAGUAAAGCUGAGGGAAGGAGAGAACUUUUCGGAAGGGAAAGCGGAGACGAAUAACACAGACUUAGAGAACAACUCGGUUCCUUCCCUCAUCGCUCCUUCUUAUCUUGCCAGGAUGGAGAAGGAGGAGUGUUCUUCCUCCUCCUGGGCGGAGUUGGAGCCCUGGGUGAUGGCCGCCCGGCCGAUGGGCGCAGGUUGCAGCACCACGGACAGCGCCAGGGUGGGCCACCUCCCCUCCGGGAUGGCCGCGCCCCCGCCCCAAAACAGUUGUGUGGGGCGGGACCAGGGGGGAGGAACCCUUGACAGCACGGAGCACCCCUCGCCCGACGUCAAUCGUCCCACGAGUAGCGCUGCUGCUGCAGGAUCUACAGGCAGCGAGCCAAAACCAGCCAGCAGCUCCUUCGUGAGUGAGUGGCUGAUGAAACCUGCAGCCAUGGUCGGACACAGAUCUCUCAAAGUGCUUGAGGUUGACCCCCAGGCAGAGACUGUAGAUGACACUGAAUUUGAUUUCAUCAGUACUGGAGAGUUAGUAAGCAGUUCUCCCAGAGUGACUGCUCCAGAGCUUCUGGUGGCUCCAGGUGCACCAAUAGGUUUGCCUUUGCGAGGAAACGCAUCUGUAACAAAACACUUUGAUUGUGCUAGUACUGAAGAAGAAGAGGAAGAGGAAAAGCCUCAGAGCAACAAAAGACUGUUCAGUUCAUCACUGCAUCCAUGGCACAGGUCAGCUCAGAUGCCUAGCGGUUCCCCUGAAAAUCCAUUUUUAAGCCUGAGGGGAAGUGGUCUUGUCUUCCCACCCAGGAGAACCAAGGAAGAAAUCCUUGAUGCUCGGAUUCUGAGGGAUGACGACUAUGUGCAGCUUCUGGCAGGAGUAGAACACAACUGGCUUGUCCAGAGACUGAUGCCUACUGGAAUGUUUAAGUCUAAACAGCUUCAUAAAGCAUACUCUGCUCUUCUUUUGAAAUACUCAAAGAAAUCAGGCCUCUGGACGGGCCAGGAAACAUCUGUAUUCAUUGGGGACUACCUGAACGUGGCAAAAGAAGGCAAACAGAGAAAUGCAUUUUGGAUACACUUCCUGCACCAAGAAGAAAGCUUGGGAAGGUAUGUUGGGAAAGAAUAUAAAGAAGAAAAGGGGCUUCUUCAUCAUUUCAGUGAUGUGGAACGACAAAUGACUGCCCAAUACUACGUGACAGAAUUCAACAAAAGGCUGUACGAGCAAAAGGUCCCUACCCAAAUCUUUUAUAUUCCAUCUGCAGUACUUCUGAUUCUGGAAGACAGAACAAUAAAAGGAUGUGUGAGUGUGGAGCCCUACAUCCUUGGGGAGUUUGUGAAGCUGUCCAAUAACACAAAGGUAGUAAAGAAUGAGUACAAAGCCACAGAGUAUGGUCUGGCCUACGGCCAUUUCUGCUAUGAAUUCUCCAAUGGAACGGAAGUUGUUGUUGACCUGCAAGGCUGGGUAACAGGUAAUGGAAAAGGUCUCAUCUACCUCACAGACCCGCAGAUUCAUUCUCUCAAUAGCAAAGAUGUUUCACGCUCUAACUUUGGGAAGAGAGGAAUUUAUUAUUUCUUCAACAAUCAACAUGUGGAAUGCAAUGAAAUCUGCCAUUGCCUUUCUUUAACAAGACCCUCAUUAGAGACACCAAUGUAGACUCACAGAAGACAGCCAAAGAGAGUAUGGCCCAUAAGCUGAAUGGUAUGGUGGUAUUUAUCACACAAUUAGGAACAUGUCGUCUUGGUGAGAACAGGGCCUCUGAGAUGGCAUCCAUGUAAGCACCUGCAACAGUUUGGGAAAUGUAGUGUAAUGCCAGGUUGUACCGUGUUACCAUCUUGAGUACCAUCUGAAACGCGUUCUUACAACCAUCUGUAAGACUUAACAGAAGAACAUAAGAUAAAGAAGAAAGCAGCCUCCAAAAUUCAGCAGAGAUGUACUACAAGACUGUACAAACCUCUAAUGCAUCUACAGACCCAGUUAGGGCAAUAGGCACCAUCUGCUUUUUGGAAAGAGUACAAAAUGGAGUGAAGCAGAGACUUGUGUUUCAGCCAUCCGUAAAAUUCACGGAAAGUUGUAUAAAUGCUUCAAGGAACAAAUGGCCAUGUCUGGGGCUGAUUGAAAAAUAAAGACAAUUUAUUUCA